CCCCAGCCGCUGCCCUGCGCCGAAGCCUCGGCUCAAGAUCCGGCCACCCAUUAUUGCACGUAAUCAAGGUCGCGAAGGAACCUCCGUCAAUCCUUCCACCUGCACAUGCCUUUUCCCUUCGCCUCUACUGCCGCAAAGCGUGUUCUUCACUGAAGGAGAUCGCGGCGAGGUUGAUAAGGUGACACAUUGAAGAUGGCGAUACGAGAGGAUAUCGUCGCCUCAGCGACGCAGUUUCUGCAAGACCCGAGUGUUGCAAGCUCAUCCAUCGAGAGCCGCAUGUCGUUCCUACGGACUAAGAACUUGACCCAAGAGGAAAUCGAUGCCGCUCUGUCUAGAGUCGGCGUCCAGGCUGCACCGGGUCCGAUGCCGGUCGCUCAGCAGCAACAACAGCAACAACCGCAACAAUACUACCAGCCAUCAUACCCUCCUCAGUACCAGGCAUGGCAACCUCCACCGCCGCCCCCUAAGAGGGACUGGAGGGACUGGUUCAUCAUGGCAACAGUUGUUGGUGGUUUCAGCUACGGCGCAUAUACUCUGGCAAAGCGAUACGUGGUUCCCUUGAUUGCGCCGCCAACACCCGAAAAGCUCGAGCAGGACAAGAAGUCGAUCGAGGAGCAGUUCGACAAGGCCUUCGGGCUUGUAGAGCAGCUGGCCAAGGACACAGAAGAACUCAAGGCUACGGAGCAAAAGCGGACCGAAAAGCUGGACACAGCUCUGGAGGACAUUGAAAAGAUCAUGACGGAGCUGAGGAACGCCAACCAGCGACGAGAACUCGAGACACAGCGCGUCAAGGACGAUGUGCAGAUCCUCAAGGAUUCCAUCCCCAAGGCUAUGAACACCCAGAAGGAUCUUACCGACUCGAGACUGAAGGAGGUCAACACCGAACUCACUAGCCUCAAGACCCUGAUAACACAACGCAUGACUGCCGCGUCAUCAUCGACGCCGGCCAACGGUCUGCGAACUGGUGCGACCGCUACGCCUGCUUCUCCUGCUAUGAACCGCACCGGUACCACGGGCAACGAUACUUCCGCGAGCAGCACCGAGGCCGCUGCCGGCACCGAUGCCAGCAAGCCUGCUAGCACGCCGACCUUCAACCGCCCUUCGCCGUUCAGCGGUGCCACGGGCGCAAAGGCCUCUAUUCCGGCCUGGCAGAUGGCCAUGGCCAACAAGGAUUCUGCGGCCUCACCAGCAGCGACGAACGGAACUGCGUCCGACAGCAACUCGCAGCAGCAGGCAUCCGCUUCUUCGUAAAUGGGCUAAAAAAGGGAACACAAUGUACAGUAUACAUCUAUGAUUUCAUUGCGUCAUGAACAGGAGAGCGACGGGUGUAAUUGCGCUUGUGGGUUUUUGAAAGAGUCACCUGUACAGAGUAGUAAGGUAGAUAUAAGCCUUGAAGCUAGGUAUGUGUAUGCGGCAUAAAACAUCCGAAAGCGACUUUGUGUGACAGUUUUCCCACGUGCAGAGCCAGAAGAAGCCCAGCCCAGCCCCGGACCGCAGCUUCAGGGGUCAGAAGGGUUGUGACUGUGACUUGUGAGGCUGGCCAGGGUUCAAUUGACAUGUUUUACAUGGGCUGGUCGCGAUCUCGGGUGUUGCCAUAAUUGUUCCGUAAGCGAGGAGGGUCUCGCGGGGGAGAAAAGGUUCGUUGGCGCGGUGUGCGUGUGGGUGUGCGUGUCAACGUCUCAC